AUGCUCGUCAGUUGUGUUGCCCGUCGUUCCUUGGGAAAUAAUACCCUUCGUUCUCUUUCUACUUGGUCCGCUGUACCUGCAGGUCCUCCCGACCCCAUUCUCGGUGUUUCGGAAGCCUUCAAAGCUGAUAAGGAUUCCAGAAAGAUUAAUUUGGGUGUGGGAGCCUACCGUGAUGGUGCUGGGAAGCCAUAUGUCCUCACCAGUGUCAAGAAGGCAGAAGACCUUAUUGCCACUAAUCAUCCGGACAAAGAGUACCUUCCUAUCACUGGUCUCCCCGAGUUCACCAAAAAUGCAGCCAGGCUCGCCUACGGUGCUGACAGCGUACCCCUGAGCCAGGGUGCAAUUGCUGUGACCCAGUCGAUCUCCGGAACGGGUGCCCUUCGUAUCGGAGGCGCUUUCCUGGCCCGUCACUACCCCCACUCCAAAGUUAUCUACCUUCCCACUCCUUCUUGGGGUAACCACACUCCGAUCUUCCGUGACUCCGGCCUUGAAGUCAGGAACUAUCGCUACUUUGACAAGAGCACGGUUGGGUUGGAUUUUGAAGGUUUGAAGGCUGACCUCAAGGCGGCUCCAGAACAGUCGAUCGUGUUACUCCACGCUUGUGCGCACAACCCCACGGGUAUCGACCCAACACCAGAACAAUGGAAGGAAAUAUCCGACAUUGUCCAGGAAAAGAAGCUGUUCCCAUUCUUCGACAUGGCGUACCAGGGCUUCGCUUCUGGAUCUACUUCGCGUGAUGCUUUCGCUGUUCGUCACUUUGUAUCACAAGGACAUCAAGUUGCUCUUGCGCAAUCUUUUGCCAAGAAUAUGGGCUUGUAUGGCGAGCGUGUUGGCGCGUUCUCGUUGACGACCGCUGACCCCGCUGAAAAGGCUCGGGUAGACAGUCAGCUCAAGAUUGUUAUCCGACCUAUGUACUCAAACCCCCCGAUGCACGGUGCCUUGAUUGCCAAUGGUAUUCUCAGCGACCCUGCAUUGUAUUCCGAAUGGGAGGCCGAAGUCAAGGGCAUGGCUGACAGGAUUAUUUCCAUGAGAGAGAAGCUGUACAACAUGUUAAGCAAGGAUCUCAAGACUCCUGGCGAAUGGGGCCACAUCAAGAGCCAGAUCGGAAUGUUCAGUUUCACUGGUCUUACCCAACUCCAGACCAAGGCUCUGGCUGAGAAAGCUCAUGUGUACAUGACUGCUGACGGACGUAUCUCAAUGGCUGGCUUGAAUGCCGGAAACAUCGAAUACUUUGCAGAAAGCGUCGAUGCUGCUGUCAAAGGUAACCUGUAGACGAAAACGUACUGGUCGUGUAUAGAGGAUUAGCCUAUCUCGCGAGCGUACGGUCUUAGAAACGUUGCGAAUUGCAAAUGAAAUUUAUUUGGC